AUGCGCCCAUGCGCCUCCCGACGCCGCGACCUGCCUUUCGGGGAUAAAUGACCCGAGUUGACUCAUUGCGCAGCAUCCGGGAAGCGGUGUCGGGCCCGACUUUUUCCUUUUCUAGUCUGAUGCGCUCUCACGUCGACACCAACGAGGCACCCAUGCCUGUUGGCGACGGAGCUAACCACAAACAUAACGCCCAAUAUUUCAUAUAUAAGAUGGGCGAGAGGGCUCCGGUCAAUCCAACACACCAUUCAUCGUGGUGUAUCUCUCGUUCUUCACAAAAUCAGUCUCCACACAAUCCCUAACAUGCACCAAAACGCAGAGGCCGCCGCUUUUCUUUCUCGCGUCGCUCAGCUCCCUCCAGGCCCAGGCAUAUCGCUUGAAGAUGUGCUCAAGCCCUCGCUCGAGGACGAGGCCGAGUUGCGCAAGCUGUUCGCCCAGGACAAGAAGAACUCGCGUCUGCUUGACCCCCACGUCGGUCUGGUCAAUGUCUUCGAUGCCCCUGAGGACAUCCGCAAGACGCGUGCGCGCGUCGUCGCGAACGAAGAGGACCUCAGCGCAAAGUAUGUCAUGCCUCUAUCCGAGGACUGCAGGCGCAAGGACGGCGCGCCGGCAAUGGUCGCUAGUCUCGAUGAGUUCAAAAAGAACUGGGCCAUCUUCACCGAAGGCUCGCUCUCGCAGCUGGCGGACUGGAGCAACAUCGUCGCCGCUGGCGGUUCUGUGCAGGCGUGUCUUGCGCCUGUACCAGACAGUGCUAAAGCCUCCAAGCGCACCCUCAGGAAGUAUUUCCACAACCGUGCAUUCCCGACCUCGGACGUCGAUCUUUUCCUUUAUGGGCUGACGCCGGAGCAGGCGGAGGUCAAGAUUAACUCGAUCUACGAGGCCGUACGCGACUCGAUACCCUGGGACGUGACCUGUAUUCGCACCAAGCACACUGUGUCCAUUCACUCGCAAUACCCCUAUCGCGCUGUUCAGAUUGUUCUCCGCCUGUACCAGUCCCCUGCCGAAAUUCUCGCCGGCUUCGAUGUCGAUGCUCCGUGCUGUGCCUUCGACGGCGAGCAUGUGUGGGCGAACCCUCGGGCCAUUGUCGCCAUGAUGCGCCAGUGCAACACAACCGACAUCACCAGGCGUUCUCCGUCUUACGAGGUCCGCUUGACGAAAUAUUCUUCUCGAGACUUCGAAGUCUACGUGUCCCAGCUAAACCGUGCUGAUAUCGAUCCUACGAUCUUCGAACGCUCUAUUGUCCGGAUUCAAGGCUUAGCUCGACUGCUUGUCUUGGAGAAGCUGACAACUGCAAAGGACAGAGAGAGCUACGUACAAUCUCGCCGCCAGAUCCGUGGACGCCCUCAGCCUCGUGAUUUCUGGAGACGUCUCUUGAAGAAGAGGUAUAAGGGUGACCUGAAGGCUGAUAUCGAUGCUGGCCUGGAGAUGAGCGAUUAUGACGUUGUUUCGCUGCACAUCCCAUACGGCCCUGGAUGGGACGCCAGGCGUAUCGAGAAGCUCGUGUAUCAAACGGAUCUUGGCAUGAACUCCCCGUAUAACCCGAAGAACAAAGGCAGGCGCCUUCAUCGUCAUGCUGCCUUCUUUGGCACCAUGCCUGAGUGUAUGAAUGACUGCUGCGAGCAUUGCCCAAAGCCUAAGAAUGAUGAAGAGCGAGCCCUUCAGGAAGAAGAGGACAAGUCAUACGUUCGGGGCCGAGCGCAAUUCAUUGUCGAAGACCCCGGUCGGCAGAGCAUCUCUGGUAGUUUCAACCCCAUCGAUGACGGCGAGUGGUCCGGACAAGCUUACAUCGGCGAGAGCGAGAAGUUCUUCAACGCGAUCGCAGCCCACGACAGGGAUACCAUAGCAGCCGCCAUCAAGGAUGGCAUUGAUGUCAACCGCCGUGACCAGGUCGGCCGAACUCCAUUGCAGGUCGCCAUUAUGUCGAAGGCGACCGAGAUCGCGUGCGGUUUGAUCGACGCAGACGCACGGAUGACCGCGCGACUCGUCGACGGCCGGACCGCAUUGCACCUCGCGGCCCAGCUGAAUCUUACUGAGAUCGUCCGGAAGCUCCUUGACCGCAGCGCGAUUAACGAGGAAGAAGCGAAGGAGGAGGAAGAGAAGGCCACUGCCAAAGACAAGGAUGCGAAGAUGGUCGAUAGUGAUAAGGAUGAAGAUGAGGAGAUGCGCGACAGCAGCGACGACGAUUGGUCUUCAGAGGAUGAAGACGGCAAGAAAAAGAAGGAGGGGGAAGCUGAGGGAGACGAUGGCCUUAUUCCCGAGGAAGACGAAGAAGAGCCCGACGUCUUCCAUAUUGACGUCACCGACUGGGACUACUCACUCACUGCGCUCAACUACGCAGUCGCGUUCGGCUCCAUCUCAGCCGUCGAACAGCUUCUCACUGCGGGUGCGAACCCCAAAAUCGUCACACAACCGAAGCAUAGUUGGAGCGUCCGAUACUGCCAUCCGCUCAUCCUCGCCGCAGCCGCUGAGGACGACGAAAAGGCAUGCCUUGCCGCGGAAAAGCUCAUUGCGGCAGGCGCUGUCACCUCAGAGGCGGACGAGAAUUUGUACACGCUGCUGCACCGCGCCGUCGCUGCGUCGCGUCCUCAGCUCCUCACCACGCUUCUCAAGGCCGAUCCGAAUGCAAAGGCUGUGCUCAAUAUACCGUGGAUGGAUGACUAUAGCACGGCCGUCUUCCCUAUCUCGACUGCGGUGCGCAUUGGAUCUUACUCGACGCUCGCUGUUCUUCUGGCACACGGCGGUAAGGUCGUGAUCACCAGGGAUGAGUUCCAAAAGGCAAGGGAUUUGAAGAUGAAGAAUAAUGGACGUGCACCGGAGAAGUUUUUGUCGAAUGUCGCCAUGCCGAUCGAGGUUGCUAUGGCCAACUACGACGAAGUCGUCCAUCUCCUAGUGGCGCUCGGCGCAGAGGUCAACCUCCCCUUGAGGGAAAGCCUCCGGUGUGCAGGCGAGCAACGCGAUGAGCACUAUACUCCACUUGACUAUUCUCUUGCCAUUGUCUCGAAGAUCGAAGAGGCGAAGAAGCCUGAGCCGCCGAAGCAGAUCAUUAUCCAACGUCCCUCCGUGCCGUUCAGGGCGGGUCGCCGCAGGCUCAUAACUGCAUCUGCAAACGCCGCUAUCAACGUAAUCCAAAAUGAUGCGGCGCCUGCUACAGAUUUGGAGACUCCGAUCUGGAAGACUGAGUCGCUGAAGGUCCUCGCGGAAUACGAGAGGUUGCAGGAAGAGAAAAUCACACAGCCUACGAAUUAUCAGCAGACGGCAUACCUGGAUGAAGUUCAAGAGUAUUUCAAUGGGGUUGUGGCGACUUUGCAGACGCACCAGGGCAAGCGCGGCGGUGAGGUCUUCCGCGGCAAGAUGCCCGACAGUGACGCACGACUGCGCCCGCUCGAAAACCGCUUGCCAAGGUAUUACACGUCAAACUACCGGUAUUCGUUUGGGCUCAACGGUCCAUACGGUUUCCAUCGGCAUGGCAUGCAAGAGGGUUCAGGCAUGAUUAAUGAGCUUGCAGCACGAUACGAGGAGCUGUUCGUGGCGUGCUGGUCAGGCAACAAUGCGAAGAUCCAGAAGCUUUGUCUGCCGCGACAAUCGGGCAAAACCCAGGAGACGCCUCUGCAGAUUUCAUGCCACUGGGGAGAUAGCUAUCGAGGCUUCACCCCAUUAUUUCUCGCCGUCUUACGCCGUCAUUGGGACACCGCCAAGCUGAUUUUGGCUAUCGCCUCUGCUCAGUAUAGCCCUAAUGAUGAAGCUCAGACCACAACUGCCUUCGUUCUGGGUCGUAAUCUGGCACUCGCGGGCGACUCAGACGAGGAGGAUGCGGAGAACGAUUCCGAUGUGGACGUGGACGAGGACAUGGAGCCCGAGGAAGACAUCAACCUCGUCGAUAUCGCGAAGAAGCCUUCGCAGGUGCACACAAAGACUGCUCCGCAGCACAUGCUGAACAACGUCACCACGCCCUACAUCUGUAAGGACGGACAGGAGUAUUGCAAGACCCUCAUCAACAAGACCAUUGACGACGACGAUUUCGAGGCGUUUGCCCAGAUCCUCGACCUGUACAACUCUUUGCCCGGAAAGCCUGUCCCUGGUAAUAUCCUCUCUUCUCUGGUGUGGAAGGAUCGUCCGGCAAUGCUAGACGAGUUCAUCCGCCGCACGGGCCAAGGCUUCACCCUGACGGAGCGCGAAGCUUCGCAGACGUCGCAGUCUCAGGAGGAGGAAGACGACGACGACCCCGACCACCGCGUCUAUCUCGGCCUAAACGUCCACGGUAUGAAGAGGAAGGAUCUUGUAAAGGGCGACCCCCGCAACCGCCGGCAGCAUCCUCAAGAGGAUGAGGAUCCGAUCGUGUGGACUGCAGCCAAGCUCGGCGCAAUCGGUGUCGUGCGCUACCUCGCGAGCGACCAGCCCCUUGCGGCGUACAAGUAUUACGCUUCCGCCCACGGCGAUGCACACGCGAAGCUCCUCCGCCGCAUUCCGGAUCUUGCGGCAAUUUUGCCCGAGAAGCUCGGCUGGACGACGACGUCGCUGAACGAGACUGUGGCGAGCGCGGCGAUCUUUGGUGGCAAGAUCGACAUCCUUCAGGCACUCUGCUCCAUCCGCGGCAAGGAAAUCGAAAAUGCUUUACAUCUUAAGCAUCGCACUCUCGGCUACAACAGCCUUCUUGCAGCUGCCAGGUUCUCGGAUAACAUUGAGUUGUUCGACUUCCUGCUCAGCAAAGGCGUCUCUCCUCUGGAGACAGAUAUCAAUGGAUACAAUAUCGUUCAUAUGCUCAUUGCCUUGGACAACAACGCCGGUGCGCUGAAAUUAUUGAAGCAUGCACUCAAGCAUCUUCCGAAGGAAAUCACGGCGCGCUUGCUCCGCCAACAGACCAAGGAUGAUCUAAAUACUCCUCUCCAUCUUGCUGUAACCAAAACGCGAAUCGAUCUUGUCGAACUCUUGCUCGAAGCCGGAGCGUCGUCUUUCCUUGUCCGUGAGGCUGGAGGCUCGACGCCACUACACCUAGCUGUGAAGAGCAAUUUUCCGAGGAUCACCAAGCUGCUCGCGGAAGCUGGCCCCGCCGAGGUGCUCGCGCUCGAGGACGGAGUCGGCAACACGCCGCUCGAGUACGCCACGCGGCAGGUGUUCCUCGAGAAGAUGAACGGGGCAUGCGGCAGCAUCGUGAUGCCGCAGGACCUGCACCUCAACUACCACAGGAGGCCGUUCGACCUCACGAAGCAGGAAGCAGAGCUCCCGCGCUUGCGCGCGACGAUCGAGCAGCUCCGCCGUGACGGGCGGCUUAGCGCUGGGACGAAGCUCGCGAAGGAGCUCGCCGCAUUCGCAGACCGUCUCGAGGCGAAGAUCGCGAGGGAGCGUGAUGCGGAGGAGGCGAGGAGGAACGAGGAGGAGGCCAAGGCCAAGGCUAAGACGCCCAACGAGGCCUUCGCACCGCCGAAGGACAGCCCCGACGUGACCGAGACACUCAAAGUUCUUACUGAGGCUCUCGCCGCACGGCCGACACUCCGCCAGCUGAUCCACGUUAGCGACGUGCAUCUCUCGGUAUCAAAGAGUAUUGAGCAGUUCCAGCAAGAUAAGAAGGCUGCCGACUACAAGGACGACGACGGCAUCCCUGAGGAGGAGGAGGUCAUCACGAGCCGGCUGAGUUCAUCGUACUCUCUGGUGCAGAACUUCAGGGUGCGUAGGCGCGGACGCCGCUUUUUCUAGAGUCCUACUGCACUAGUACCCUAGCACAGCCCUCGAUCUUCUACAAUAAGUUAUUUUUGCUACUACCUCCAGAUGCCAUGUACAAUCUUAUUCUUCCAUCUGUUGACGAUAUACCCAACGCCGAUCGGGCUGAGGAGCGUGCAGAGUAAAAUGGCCCAGAUGCACACCAGGAAAGCUUCUUCCCCCAGCAGUCCGCCGGCUGAGUUUGACGAGCCUUCGAAUUCACGCGCAAUCUGGGCUAUAAGCAGGCCAAUCUCGCCACGGGCCACCAUCACGACGCCUAUGAACAGCGCGGGGAAGAUCGACUCUUUAAGGCGUUCCGUGGAAGAACUUGAGUUGUUUUUAUUUGACCAGAGGGCCCACAGCACGAUCGGGAGACCGACAACAAGCUUGCCUGCGGCCAUGAGCAGCGCAUACAGAACGCCUCGCCAAAGGACAGCAGGGCGCCAGAGGGGGAGGAAUGG